CGAUGGUUCCUCUAAAGUUUUACUUUCUGCCAGUCUUAUGCAUAUGUAGUUCUGGAUUUACUUUUUCGAACGAAUUAAAGAAUAAUGCGAAAAGUAAUAAUUUGUUAUAUUAUGAGGAUAUAUUAGAAGCGCAGAAAGAUAAAACCAUUUUAAUUAUUGACAUAAGAGAAGAUUCUGAAAUACGAGAGACGGGAAAAUUGCCUGGCAGCAUUCACAUACCAAUGGGUAAAGUUAUUAAUGUGCUAACGGAAUGUUCGAAUGAAGAAUUUGAAAAACAAUACAAUAGGACGAAGCCUACGUUCGAUACGAAGAUUAUUUUGAGUUGCCUCAAGGGUCUUAGAAGUGGUAAACUAUUACCAAAAAUGCUUCAAUUAGGAUUUAGAAAUAUGUUCAGCUAUGCAGGUGGUUGGAUGGACUGGGUUCAACAUCAAAAACAAAAUUAAAUCAUUCUCGUUGUAAUAUUUAUAAAUUUGUGAAUAUCAAUGGUAGUGCAUUAAAAAUGAAUUGGUACCGGUUUAACUUUACUUAUAAGCUGAUACGAAUUAGUUUAAAUAAAUAAGCGAUAAACUGUCAAAAACGUAUUAUCUGUUUACGUCAGAUAAUAAUUUACUCCACUUUUCCGGCAAACGUAAAAAUCAGGCAACGA